AUGAAGAUUGCAGAGUUGAAGCAGAUAUGCAACAAGCCUGAUGUUGUUGAGGUCUGGGAUGCUACUGCCGUUGAUCCCAAAUUGCUCGUAUAUCUCAAGUCCUACAGGAAUACUGUGCCUGUUCCAAGACACUGGUCCCAGAAACGGAAGUUCUUGCAGGGGAAGCGAGGUAUUGCAAAACGACCUUUCCAGCUUCCUGACUUCAUUGCUGCAACUGGAAUUGAAAAAAUGAGACAGGCAUACAUUAAGAAGGAGAACAGCAAGAUGUUGAAACAGAAACAGCACGACCGUACUCAGCCCAAAAUGGGCAAGAUGGAUAUGGAUUAUCAGGUUUUGCAUGACGCAUUCUUCAAAUAUCAAACAAAACCCAAUUUGACUAGUCAUGGUGAUCUAUAUUAUGAAGGGAAAGAGUUUGAGGUGAAGCUUAGGGAAAUGAAACCAGGUAUGCUGUCCAGGAACCUUAAAGAAGCUCUUGGUAUGCCUGAUGGUGCCCCGCCCCCAUGGCUUAAAAGCAUGCAGCUGUAUGGUCCUCCACCCUCUUAUCCUUGUCUGAAGAUCCCAGGUUUAAAUGCCCCAGUAUCUCCUGGAGACAGUUUUGGUGAUGCACCAGGGGAGUGGGGAAAGCCUCCUGUUGGCGAGGAAGAACCUCUCGAUCGCAGCAAGCACUGGGGAGAAUUGGAGGAAGAGGAAGAAGAGGAGGAGGUGGAGCAGGAACCAAUGGAGGACGAGGAAAUAGAAGAAGGCAUUCGAUCUGUUGACACCAUCUCAAGUACUCCAGCUGGUGCCGAAACACCUGAUGUUAUUGACCUUCGGAGGUCGCAGCCUGAGAGGCAGGCAAAAAGGCUAUACAAGGUUCUUGAACGGAAAGAAGGACGGAUUGCCACUGGGAUGCUGUUUGGGUCGACGCACGCGUAUCGUUUCUAA